CCAGCUUCAGUCUCGCAGGCUGCCUGGGUGGGUCCUGGGCUCUGUGCGUCUGUCAGAUCGUCCGUCUCUACUUCCGUGCCCAGGACUAGGCACAGGCCGGACCUCUGCCCACCCGCAGACCAACAGGCACCCACCACCCUGUCCAGAGGCCACCUCCCACACCUCCUGAGUUCACCCCUGUCUCCAGCUGGCAUCUAGGACAUCUGUCCUGGCCCAUCGCGCUCAUGGCGUCCAUCACCUCUGAGCCCUGGGGCCUUCGAGCCUACGUCACCUGGAUCGCCCUGAUGGUGUUCGUGGCACCUGCCCUGGGUAUCGCUGCCUGCCAGGUGCUCAUCUUCCGGGAGAUUCAUGCCAGUCUGGUGCCAGGGCCGUCGGAGAGGGCUGGAGGGUGCCGGGCAGGCAGUCCGAGCGAGGGAGCCCGGGUGUCAGCGGCCAUGGCCAAGACCGUGCGGAUGACCCUGGUGAUUGUGACUGUCUACGUGCUGUGCUGGGCGCCCUUCUUCCUCGUGCAGCUGUGGUCCGUGUGGGACCCGGAGGCGCCCCGGGAAGGGCCGCCAUUCGUGCUGCUCAUGCUGCUGGCCAGCCUCAACAGCUGCACCAACCCCUGGAUCUACGCCGCCUUCAGCAGCAGCGUCUCCUCGGAGCUGCGCAGCCUGCUCUGCUGUGCCCGCAGGCGCACCCUGCCCAGCCUGGGGGCCCAAGAUGAGUCCUGCGCCACUGCCAGCUCCUCCUUGACCAAGGACACUGCCUCCUGAGGUGCUGUGGAGCCUCCCUUCCAGCUGGGAGAGGAGACCUCAGGGGAUCGGCCAGAGCCGGAGGCCCUGCUGCGGCCACUGCGUGGCCCUGGCCAGCUCUGAUCCCUUCAGGCCUCGGCGUCCUUCGGGAGUGAGGGGCCCCCAGGUCAGUUACUCUGUGCUGAGCACGGGCGGGUCUGCGGGGUUCACAGCACGCAUGCGCGUGCUCUCCAGGUGGUGAGAGCCUGCCAGGCGAAGCAGGGAGAAGGCCCAGGGUGGGGCCAGGGGCAUUCCUUGUCUGUACGUCUCUGACCCCCUUCUCCCCGCACUCUCACGUUCCCUCUAAUAAACGCUGUGGCCUCCUCGGAUGGGAGGAAUGGUCAGUGGCUGCGGAGGUGGCUGAAAGACAUACCCAGACCCCCAUCCCAGACAUGUUCGGGCUCUGGAACCUACGAUGCAGGCAGUGGAGCCUUCGUAGGUGCUGCUUCACAUGUGGGCAGCUCUCAUCUAAGCGGGAACCCUGCCAGAGACUGUUCCGGCCACCCAGGCUGCUGCUCCCAUCCCACCGGCCCAUCCCCCCAAGACAGAGCACUUGCUCACACCGGGAGCCAGGAGCCGAGGCUCAGGUCUUUAUGACUCGCCACCCCUGGGCUGAGGGACGAGCAGGGGCAGGGGCCAGGACCCGGGAGCCCUGCUGGACAGCCUUUCCUCUGGGCACAGGGCUGCAGCAGGGCGCCACGCAUUAGCUAGGCAGGG